AUGCUCUCUACACUCUUCGCUUCUAGCCCAACCUGGUUGCCGGCCUCCACUGCCGGCCGGCGCAACGUGCCGGCCUCCUCCGUGCGCACUGGCGGCGCAGCCCUGUCGGCCGAGCUCGCCGCCAAGCAGGCGUGGCUCGCGAGGACGCAGCCGUCGUGGGGCCCGCCGUCGCAGCUCAGCGGCUCAGUGGAGCCCACCGUCGCUGCGGCCCCGCCGGUCGAUGAGGCGGCCGCGAAGCAGGCGUGGCUCGCUCGCACCCAGCCGGACGAGCCCGCGUGGCGCGGUCAGAGCUCGCCGGCAGAGAGCGCGGCGAGAUUAGCCUUCGUGCACGCACCGCUCUCGUACUUUGCGCUGGACAAGCUGGCGUCCAAGGGCACGCGGCGGGCGGGCGGCUCGCUCGUGGACGUGGGCGAGCCCGAGGAUUGGUCGCGGCCGAUCGCAAAGGAUGCGUGGAGCGGGGCGCGUGCAGGGUCGUGGGCUUGCAGCGAGGGCGGUUGGGACUCGCCAAAGCUGCGGCCGACCACCGAGACCUUCCUCGUGCUCGAGGGGUGGGGCUGCGUGACGGACGUGGAUGGUACGCAGCACUCCUUCGGCCCCAACGACGUGGUCGUCCUCCCGAGGCACUGGAGCGGCAGGUGGGACGUGGCUCGCUUCCUGCACAAGGUGUGGGUGGUGCAUGACCACCCAGACGUGCCUGCCGGUGCGGACGGGGUGGUGCGGGCGGUGGUGGCGCCUGCCUGGCCGCACUUCGGCGCGCCGCUGCACGAGGGAACCAUCUACGACGGCGGGCACACGCGGGUCGGCGUCGCGCCUCUAGCGCCCGGCAGCGUUGCGGUCAGCGCCGCUGAGGCUGGCUUCUGGUCGAGCGCGACGGCAAAGUUCCUCUGGAUUCUCGACGGCGUCCUCUUCCUCACCAACGCCGACGGCUCGUCGCGCCGCUGCGUCGCGGGAGACACCGCGGUGCUGCCCGCGGGCUGGACGGGCCUCGUGGACACUGUCCAGCCGGCGAGGGUGGUGUGGGUGGACGUGGACUGA